CGUAAAUGGACAGCCUAAAUAUUCUUGGAUUUCCUAAUGAAUGAUAUUUUUAACAAAAAUUGAACCCAUAUAAGGCCAAGAAGCUCUUCACACUACUUUACCUAUGUAUAUAUAAACUCGAAUCCAUCACAAAGCCUAUUCAAGUUAAGAGAAAAGAAAAAAAAAACCGUUCUUGGAAGAUGGGUUUCAAACUCAACUCUCUUUUCCUUCUUCUUUCGCUUCUCAUACUCACAAUCUUGUCCGGAGCCGACCAAGCCUUGGCUUACGUCAAGAAACCACAUGUGAGCCAACGCAACAAAACGGCGUUAGCAGCCGUCGCCGGAAGAGGAGGAGGAAAAGAGAUGUUGAAAGGGAGGAAGCAGACGAGUGGUUGUAACUUGUUUCAAGGGAGAUGGGUUUUCGAUGCUUCUUACCCUUUCUACGAUUCAUCCACGUGCCCUUUCAUCGACGGUGAGUUCGACUGUCUCAAAUUCGGCCGACCAGACAAACAGUUCCUUAAGUACUCUUGGCAGCCUGAUUCAUGCACCGUCCCAAGGUAUGUAACAUCAACAUCAAUAUCAACAUAUUAUACAUAGAUUGAGCAUGAUAAUGGUGGUCAUGUGUGUAAAAUGUAAAUGAAGGUUUGAUGGGGAAGCGUUUUUGAAGAAAUGGAGAGGGAAACGAGUGAUGUUCGUGGGUGACUCACUGAGUCUAAACAUGUGGGAAUCGUUGGCAUGUAUGAUACAUUCGUCGGUUCCAAACACUAAGACCACUUUUCUCAAGCGAACCCCACUCUCCUCUCUCACUUUCCAGGAAUAUGACGUCACACUAUUCCUAUACCGAACACCAUACCUAGUGGACAUCUCCAAAGAAAGUGUCGGGCGUGUGCUUAACCUUGGAGCCAUUGAAGAUGGAGCUGAUGCUUGGAAAAAUAUGGACCUCCUCGUCUUCAAUUCUUGGCACUGGUGGACUCACACAGGAGUACAGUCUCAAGGGUGGGAUUUUAUAAGAGAUGGGUCUUCACUGAUGAGAGACAUGGACCGCCUUGAUGCUUUCAACAAAGGACUCACCACUUGGGGUCAAUGGGUUGAUCAAAAUGUUAAUGUUUCGCAAACCCGAGUCUUCUUCCAAGGCAUUUCUCCCACUCACUACAUGGGAAGGGAAUGGAACGAGCCGAGGAAAACUUGCAACGGGCAGAUGCAACCGUUGACCGGAUCAACAUACCCAGGUGGUUCACUUCCUGCAGCAAGCAUUGUGUCUCGAGUAUUAAGCACGAUGAGAACGCCCGUUUACUUACUCGACAUCACAACUCUAUCUCAACUGAGAAAAGAUGCUCAUCCAUCUACAUAUGGAGGCGAUGGCGGAACGGAUUGCAGUCACUGGUGCCUUCCUGGCUUGCCGGAUACUUGGAACCAGCUUCUCUAUGCAGCUCUUUCGAUGUGAAAGCUUGACUCAAUACACACUUGCAUGUAUAUUACAUUCUUGGCAGUCCAAAGGGGAAAAAAAGAAGAAGAAACGACUGACAUUUUACUUGGAGAGAAUUUGAAGAUUAGAAAGAGUAUAUGACGAUAAAGUUGUAAAGUGUUUUAUAUUCUUUACUCUUGGGUGGUUACAAAUCAUAAUCUAAUCGACUUCGAUUGUGAUUACCAAAAAAAUGAUCUAAGAGUAACCACAUUAUACACAUCAUGGCUUCUUAAUUUGAUUUGAAAGUAAGUAGACAUAUAAGAAUUUGUUUAUUCUAUUGAAAUGGAUUAGAUCAACUAGGUAGCAGCAUUUGAAAUUCCCAUAUAUAAACUCGAAUCCUGGCUUAAGAUAAAAUUCGACUUUUAAGUAGU